AUGCAUCCAGAAUCACAAGCACAGCCACAUGGCUGGGCCUCUCUUGAGGAGAGGUAUGAGGUGAUGAAGGAGAUUGGCGACGGCAGCUUCGGCAGCGUCGCGCUCGCACGCGUUCGAACUGCGGGAUCUCACAUCGCUCGUCGUGGUACUCUGGUCGCGAUCAAGACUAUGAAGAAGACGUUUGACUCAUUCUCGAGCUGUCUUGAACUGCGAGAGGUCAUCUUUCUACGGUCGCUACCACCGCAUCCUCAUCUGGUACCGGCUCUGGACAUCUUCCUGGACCCCUACAGCCGAAGGCUUCACAUUGCCAUGGAGUUCAUGGACGGCAACCUGUACCAACUCAUGAAGGCCCGGGACCACAAGCCAAUGGACGCGCAUAGUGUAAAGAGCAUCCUCUUCCAGAUAAUGUCCGGACUGGAGCACAUCCACGACCGCGAGUUCUUCCACCGCGACAUCAAGCCAGAGAACAUCCUCGUCUCGACAUCGCAACAGAACGACACAUCGCAUCCUUUCCGCCGCUACUCAGCAAUGAUGACCCCUCCUUCGACACCCCCAGCCUACACAAUCAAGAUUGCCGACUUUGGUCUUGCCAGAGAGACUCACUCCAAGCUCCCCUACACCACGUACGUUUCGACCCGAUGGUACCGCGCCCCGGAAGUGCUCCUACGUGCCGGUCAAUACUCAGCGCCAGUCGACAUUUGGGCAGUUGGUGCCAUGGCUGUCGAGAUUGCAACCUUGAAGCCCCUCUUCCCUGGUGGAAACGAGGUUGACCAGGUCUGGAGGGUGUGCGAAAUCAUGGGCAGCCCCGGAGGUUGGGUCAACAAGCACGGCCAACGCGUCGGUGGUGGUGAGUGGAAAGACGGUGUCCGGUUGGCACAGAAGCUGGGCUUCUCAUUCCCCAAGAUGGCCCCUCACUCAAUAGACACCAUCUUGCCAUCGCCACAAUGGCCUGCCAGCUUGGCACAGUUCGUCACAUGGUGCCUGCUUUGGGACCCCCGUGCCAGGCCUACUUCCCGACAAGCACUCGACCACGAGUACUUCCAAGACGCCGUAGACCCUCUACGACUGAAGUCCUCAUCUUCCAGAUUAUUGGGUCGCAAAGGAUCCGAACUCUCCGGCACCAACUCCCCAGACGCAUCGCCCAAGCUCACGUCGAAGACCUCAUCAUGGCUCCGUCGAUCAUUGGUCGCACGUGAGAGCGCACCAGCAGUCCCGCAACACACCACACAGCAGCCGUUGUCACCGCGACCAUCUCCAGCCCAUGCUAACUCUGGCGAUGUGAGUGGGUCAACGAAGCAGCGUCCUGCUGCCACUAAGCGAGCUACGUGGACGAAUGGGGCCUCCAACAACGGAGCUCCCAUCCCCAUUCUGCCCUCCAUCAAGCCGAUCUCUCCUUUAUCGGCGGAAGUCACUGCACAAGCCAAUGUACGUGCUGCCAAUGGAGAGCAAGCCGCCGGCAAGAUUGGACGACAACUCUCUCUCGCAUCACAUGGCAACCACUACGCAGACGUGCAUCGACAAGAAGCCGAAAGAGCAUUGAAUGGUCAAUCAGAAGUCACUUCACCCUCAAACGGACAGAAGGAAGGUUUCUUCUCACACCUGCGGAAACGUGCUCGACGCCUUUCUGGGCGUUACCAGACUCCCAUGUCGCCGAACUCUGACGAUAUCGAGGCCAACGCUGGAUGUGCACCAUGGGCUGCCACUAGCGCUAGGCAAUCAUUGGUGAUGGACCAGUCACAAGGCGCAGCGUCUGGUUCUACCUCAGACUUCUCUGAGCUAGACAAGGCAUUGCAACAUGUCAGGGACAGUGUUGAAGCGCACUCCCAACAGACAGCCUCAACGAAGAGCUCGCGUGUUGCAACUAACCCAAUGCUCAAACGCCACCACUCAGUGCCCCACGGUCCCGAGCCCCGGAACUCUGAGAACGCACCCAAUGCACCGAUCUCCAGCAGGACACGACGCGCGAUGCAGAACAAAUCGAACCCAUCAAAUAGGUACGAGACGCCUAAUGAGGAAGAGGAACUGCUCAGCGAAGUUCUGGCAUCCGCCACAAAGGCUGCAAAGAAGCUGGACAACCCGAAACCUCAAGGACCACGUGGUCCUGCGGCAUCCUACCUGACACCGUCGCCAUCAGCGAACCGUAACAGCGUGGGUUUCGGACAGUCUGACUACAUGACACCCAGCAAGCCUAUGGACAUCUCUCAACAUCAGAGCAAGAACGAGCAGCCUGUUUCCAAGUGGCCCACACCACCCGAUGACGGCUCAGACUGGGCUUCAAGUGUGGCUGCCAGCCUCAUGGCAGCACAGACCCGACACCGAUGA